AUGACGACCGUAACGACAUACCGAAAUCAAAAUCCUCUCGCAGUCCACCUCCAGCGACAAACUCAGCAUCUAGCCUCUGUCAUACCACCAGGAUCAGUCUCUAUCACAGAGCUCCAAAAUGCAUCUAACACGCAGUCUUUCUUGAACACGUUGUCGACCUUGUUGUCGAAUCCAGCCUAUACUCAAAUCGUCGCGACUUUGUUUCGCCCUAUACUCAUGGACCUGUGCGCUCGAUGGCUGGAGGAUGGAAAAAAUCCAGAGAGAAACCUGUGUGCUCUGGCAUACUUGCUGGAGGUUCACGAGGAACUAUUCCCAAUACUUUCACGACUUAUGCAAAACUACUUCCCGCGGGGACCCCUCACCUUCGUAUGCGCCACUUCACUAGAAUCAAUAGACAAAUCACGGCUAUCGGCAAUUCUACUUGCCUACUAUCGAAUUUUACGCGCUAAUCGUCAACUACCUUCGCAAUGCAAUUGGUCCCCUGCGCUACUGUCCACCUUGAUGUGGACGAAUGGGCUUGAACACGGUAUUCGCUUGCUCGCAGCAAAAUGCUACGCCAUCCAGGUUGGGAUGGGAGAUGCAGAGAGUAUGCGUCUCGAGGAAGAGGUUGUUGGUCGGAACGACGACUCGGAGUGCGUUGUGGAAUAUGGGAGCGAGGUUGAUGGAUCUACGAAGCACAUGGAUUGCUGGAUAUUGGAAAAUGCUGAGAGUGAAAGAGUGUGUCGGACUAGGAAUAAGUUGGUGACAGAGGUGGUCAACUUCUAUCCUACCGACGACACCGAGCCCCGAGUUCAGCUCGAAGAAGCAGAUUUGAGCCCAUACCUUGCCAACAUCGAAGGAGUGCUCCUCCUAAAAUCCGUUCCUCUCCCCCCGAAACCGACCAAUUAUAUUCCAACGCCGUCGGGCAACGACACCCUCAGAUCCCUUGCCCACCAUGUGUCUCUACGACUACCGACCCUGCUUACAUCGGCUCCUUCGGCGGGGAAGGCCCUCAUCCUCGCCUACUUGGCGGCGCAACUCUACCCAAAUGUCAAAAACCAAAUCAUCACGAUUCACCUCGCUGACACCUCCUUGGACCCACGUUCGUUGCUUGGGUCAUACAUUUCUUCGACAACGCAGCCAGGAACCUUUGAAUGGAAGGAAGGAGUCCUCGUUCGCGCCAUGAGGGAGGGCAAAUGGAUCGUCUUGGACGAUGUUGACCGGGCCAGUAACGAGGUGUUGGGGACGCUCAAACCUCUUGUCGAAUCCUUGGGCAUGGACAAAUGGAUCGGAGGGCGGGCAUCCAUCUAUGUACCGGGGCGGGGAGAGGUUGAAGCCCAUGAAGACUUCAUGCUCUUCGCCACACGGUCCAUUGCCCCCUCCCCCACAGGGAAGUUCCCUUCGCCGACCUUCUUCGGAGCACACAAGUUCUAUGAAACUACACUGCAGUCUGCAACACCCGCCGAGCUCGAGACCAUCAUCAAGACUCAAUUCCCCAACCUGGCGGGCGCGUUGGCCAAUGCUGCCAUCAACCUCUGGACUUCGAUCAAAGAGCAACCGCGGGCAUCAUCAUCCAGGACAGUUGGGUUGCGUGAACUGGUGAAGUUUUGUCAACGGCUGGAAGGGCUACUUCCAACCUCUCAAGCGAUGGAUAUCGACGUCCAAAACCCCUCGGAGAUUACGUUGGCAGACUUGCUCUCGAACCCAGUUGUUCGAGAGGACCUGUUCCUAGAGGCCAGGGAUGUAUUCUUUGGCUCCGGGACGUUGACUGCGAGUGCUAGGGCUGCCACAGAGAACGUCGCUCGUGUGAUCGCCCAACAUCUCUCCUUGGAUCAAGAGCGAUGCCACUGGCUCAUCAACAAGAAAACGCCUGAUUUCUAUGUUCAAAAAGACGCCAAUGGCCAUGCCACCGGACUCCGAGUGGGAAGAACCUACCUCCCCGCACGAAUCACGAAGUCAGAUCUUUCGAAUCACCAAAGCCGCCCAUUCGCACUCCACCGCCCGGCAGUAUGCCUACUCUCACGUGUGGCAACCGCAAUUUCCCUCAACGAACCCGUCCUCCUGACCGGAGAAACGGGAACAGGAAAGACCAGUGCUAUCACCCACAUGGCGUCUCUCUUGCGCAGGCCUCUGAUCUCCCUCAAUUUAUCUCAUCAGACAGAGUCUUCCGACUUGAUUGGAGGCCUGAAGCCUGUGGAUGCACAUGUCCCAGCUUUCGCCUUAUACGAGGAGUUCAUCGAGCUUUUCGGGUCGACCUUCAGUCGGAAGAAGAAUGAGAAGUUUGAAACUGAGGUGAGGAAGGCUGUGAACGAGGCCAAGUGGAAGAGGGCAAUUGGGUUAUGGAAGGAGAGUGUUAGGAUGGCUCAGGAGAGGUUGUUAAAGAAGGGCGUCCAAAGUCUGGACAGGGAACAGGAAUCCACUUUACCUCGCAAGCGUCGGAAGCUCGAUGAAAACGGCACCUCAUCUUCGCUAGAUAGAUGGAACAGGUUCCUGGCCAGUGUAGAGCAGUUUGAGGUGCAGCAUGUACACGGGCAGGGCAAAUUUGCCUUUGGAUUUGUUGAAGGUCCUCUGGUGAAGGCGCUUAGAAAGGGCGACUGGAUACUUCUUGACGAAAUCAACUUGGCGAGCCCGGAGACGCUGGAGUCUGUCACCAGCCUCCUUCACGGUCCAACAGCAUCUAUCACACUCACCGAAAACGGGGAACUUGAACCUAUCCCCCGGCAUCCUGACUUCCGUCUCUUCGCAUGCAUGAACCCCGCAACCGAUGUCGGCAAGAAGGACCUUGCGCCUAAUAUCCGCGCUCGAUUCACGGAGAUCGACGUCCCCCCUCCGGAUGCGGACAAAGAUACCCUACUCAGUAUCAUCGAGCAAUACAUCGGAUCCCACGCCAUUGGAGAUAAAGGCGUCAUCAUGAACGUCGCGGAGUUCUACAUGGCGGUAAAAGAUCUCGUCGAGAAACGCCAGUUAGCCGAUGGCUCAAACCACCGUCCACACUUUAGUAUGCGUUCGCUUUCCCGUGCCCUGACGUUUGCCUCGGACAUCGCUCAUGCUUACUCUCUUCGGAGAGCCGUUUGGGAGGGAUGCUUGAUGGCGUUUACCAUGGUGUUGGAUGAGCAGAGUGCGCAAGUCGUUACCGCUUUGGCCCACAAGCACCUCCUCAAUGGCGUCCGCAAUCCUCGAUCUAUGUUGGCGAAAGAGCCCAACCCUCCUGCUAAUAGAGACAACUAUGUCAAGUUUGGCCCUUUCUAUCUGGAGAAGGGACCCCUCCCGGAAGAUCCCGUUGAGGAGUACAUCAUGACUCCCUCAGUGGAGAAGAAACUCAUCGACCUCGCCCGUAUCAUCCUCACCAAACGGUUCCCCGUCCUUAUCGAAGGUCCCACCUCCAGUGGAAAGACGAGUUCCAUCGAGUACCUGGCCAAACGCACGGGACACCAUUUCAUUCGCAUCAACAACCACGAGCAUACCGAUAUCCAAGAAUACCUUGGUUCCUACGUUUCCGACCCUGUCACCGGGAAGCUCGUCUUCCGCGAUGGCCUUUUGGUACAAGCACUGAGGACCGGGAGUUGGAUCGUUUUGGACGAGCUCAACCUUGCCCCCAGCGAGGUUCUGGAGGCGCUCAAUCGGCUUUUGGACGACAAUAGAGAACUAGUGAUUCCAGAAACUCAAGAAGUUGUUCGACCUCAUCCCAGCUUCAUGCUAUUCGCUACCCAGAAUCCACCUGGAUUGUAUGGCGGUCGGAAGGUCCUCUCGCGGGCCUUUAGGAAUCGUUUCCUCGAAGUUCAUUUCGACGACGUACCGCAAGACGAGCUCGAAACCAUCCUGUGCCAACGCUGCCGCAUCGCCCCAUCCUAUGGGAAGAAGAUCGUGAUGGUCUUCCGGGAACUACAAAAGCGCCGUGAGAGCAGUCGUGUCUUCGAGAGCAAGCAAGGUUUUGCAACUCUCCGAGACUUGUUCCGUUGGGCUGGAAGGGAUGCCGUAGGGUACCAAGAACUGGCAGAGAACGGUUAUAUGCUUUUGGCAGAACGAACAAGGCGAGAAGAAGACAAAGCAGCCGUCAAGGAGGUCAUCGAGACGAUCAUGGGCGUCAAGAUCGAUGAAAACUCUCUCUACGACCUUAAGCGACCCGAACUCGAUGUCAUCCAGUUCCUAGGCUGCCCCUUCCCCCAAACUGCGAACGUUAUCUGGACCAAGGCAAUGCAGAGGUUGUUUGUCCUGGUGGCUCGUGCCCUCAAGUAUAACGAACCCGUCCUCCUGGUUGGAGAAACAGGCUCUGGAAAGACCUCUGUUUGCCAAGUAUUUUCCGAUGCCACCAAUCAACAAUUGCGUGGUCUCAACUGCCAUCAGAACACCGAGACCGCUGACAUCAUUGGUGGUUUGCGCCCGUUAAGAAACCGUUCCGCAAUGCAAGCUGAAGCUCUGCAAGACGCAACCCAGGUCCUUCAGAAGUUGCGCCUCUGCGAUGUCGACACUGACCCCGCGGUGGUCCCAAGCCUGGUUCAACGGACCUUAAAGACUGCCCCCGAUUUGGAUGCAGAUUCGCGCACCCAGCUUCAGAAGGUCCAGACGAAGUUCCUUCAAUCACAGUCGAUUUUCGAAUGGCACGACGGUCCGUUGAUCUGCUCCAUGCGUGACGGAGAUGUCUUCCUGCUGGACGAAAUAUCCCUUGCCGAAGACUCUGUUCUCGAACGGCUCAACAGUGUUCUUGAACCCGCUCGGAGCAUCGUGCUAGCAGAGCAAGGCGGUUCCGAUCUCGAAGGGCGCAUCAUUACCGCUGCAGAAAACUUCAAGCUUAUCGCUACGAUGAACCCUGGAGGUGAUUACGGCAAGAAGGAACUGUCUCCAGCCCUGCGGAACCGCUUCACCGAGAUCUAUGUCCCCCGUGUCGACGAUCGAGGUGAUUUAGAACUCAUUAUCGACAAUCUUUGGAAGAAAGAAGACCUUCGAGUUUACACACGACACAUCCUCGACUUUGUGGAAUGGCUCUGCAGCCGUGUGGGCGAUAAAAGUUUGCUGGGGCUGCGAGACAUUUUGGCGUGGGUCGCUUUCACCAACUCUGCAUUGCCAUCUGGGAAUCAGGAUACGGUCAGAGCGUCUCAUAUCUUUCACCAUGCUGCACAUAUGACCUAUUUAGAUGGGCUGGGAUCGCUACCCCAGCUAUCGGGGUAUUCCAGGGAUUCCAUUAAGCGUAUCCAAGACGAAGCUUCAAAGAAGCUCAACGCCCUUGUCCCAAUACCUCCUCAACCUUACGAGGCGCUCGCGGACGUCCCAUCACACUCCCACAUCCAACUGGGCCCGUUCUCGAUGAAGUGCGGCGGCUUGCAACCUAAACCACACCUCUUCACUCUCUCCGCCCCGACCACACAAAGCAAUGCAAUGCGGAUUGCCCGCGCUUGCCAGGUCUCCAAGCCGGUGCUACUCGAGGGUAGCCCUGGCGUCGGCAAGACAAGCUUGAUCGCCGCCCUCGCCAACAUCACCGGCCAUAAGCUUCACCGGAUCAAUCUUUCGGAUCAAACAGACCUGGUCGACCUUUUCGGCUCCGACUUGCCAGUUGAAGGUGGCAAACCAGGAGAGUUUGCGUGGAGAGAUGGAGAAUUCUUGCAAGCGUUGCAACUGGGACACUGGGUUUUGCUAGACGAAAUGAACCUUGCUCCUCAGGCCGUAUUGGAGGGGUUGAAUGCCGUCUUGGAUCACCGAAGCUCGGUUUAUAUCCCUGAGCUCGGCCGCACCUUCCAAUGCCACCCGUCCUUUAGGAUUUUCGCUGCACAGAAUCCCCUCAACCAGGGUGGGGGAAGAAAAGGUUUACCGAAGUCAUUCGUCAACCGGUUCACGAAGGUAUUCGUGGAGGAGCUUACCACUGAAGAUUACCAGCUUGUGUGUCGCCAUCUUUUCUCCCAGCUCGGUGAAGACGCGCUUCGCGACAUGAUUUCCUUCAAUGGCCAACUUAACGAGCAAGUCGUCAUCCGAAAGACGUUCGGCAGGGAGGGGGCACCAUGGGAAUUCAAUCUCCGUGACAUCAUUCGCUGGGGAACGCUCUGCCAGUCCCAGACCUCCGGACAUCCUGGCCAGUACCUACGUACAAUUUAUUUGGACCGAUUCCGCUCACCGAAGGACCGAUCCCGCGCAUGCGACAUUUUUGACGCGACGUUCAACACGACUUCCGACGCUCUCAAGAAUCCUCCCUAUACUAUUUCCCCUUCGCUGCUGCAGAUCGGUCACUUCACUGGCGAACGUCGAAACCUGUGUGGUACACGGAGAUCGGGUCGAAUUCUGCAGCACCAGCUUUCUGCGAUAGAAUCCAUUGGCCACUGCAUCAAUCAAUCCUGGCUCAGUAUCGUGGUUGGUUCGCGCAAUAGCGGUAAAACACAGCUAGUCCGUACAUUCGCCAACUUGGCUGGCUGUCGCCUGCAGGAAAUUCCCAUCAACAACGCAACCGACACCACAGAUAUUCUUGGAAGCUUCGAGCAACUCGAUGUCCGUGGAAGGGUUGGACAGAUUCUCGGCGACGUGUUGGAAAUGGUACAACAAGAGCUUCGACUUACCACAGGCUCGAAAACUUGGUCCAUCCUUCAUGACCAAGAGGCGAAGAUGCGAUCAUUAUGGUCUUCUCUCAGCAUGAUAUUCUCUGAAGAACGCCUCCAGGACGCUCGCCAGCUUCUAUCCCAAUUGGUUCAGGCGAAUGUGUGUCCCGGCUUCACAACAUACCUUCAAGAAUUGGAACACGUACUGGAGAACAAGAACGCUCUUGGUCGCUUUGAAUGGGUAGACGGUCCUCUCGUUCGUGCCAUGAAACUGGGACACUGGGUCGCCUUGGAUGGCGCCAACCUCUGUAACCCAUCUGUCCUCGAUCGCCUCAACUCGUUAUGCGAGUCGGAAGGAUCCUUAGUUCUUAGUGAACGAGGCUUCCUGCAUGGUCGCGUACAAAUCAUCAAACCACAUAAAGACUUCCGACUUUUCAUGCUCGUAGAUCCUCAACACGGCGAAUUGUCCCGGGCCAUGCGCAAUCGAGGCAUCGAAAUCGCGCUCGUCGACUCUCCCAGCACAAACGACGAGGCCGCCGUUCGCGACCAUUUGCGAACCCCGAGCGAUGUAACGCCACAUCUGUCAAUACCCGAAUUCGACGCCGUCCGCAGAGGAAUGUCAGCGCUGCAAGUUAAUACGGACGCACCCAAGGCCCUAGGCCAAGUGCAGAGUCCCUCGAAGUCCAUCUCUCUCUCGUCGCAGCGCAUCAUGCUCAAACUCGCGUCCAGGCAUGACUGGAAGUUCUCGGUUCCUUUUAUCCUCCGUUCAUUAUCGCCGUCGACUUCCUUACUCCUGAACCGCUCCUUGCCGUUGUUGGGAGAUGAUGAAGAUACAUCUAUCCGAAACUUCCUCUUUGAUGUGCCUGACCUCAUGAACAAUCAAACGCUUGAUUUGUUCCGACGCAGGCUGUGUCAAGACCACCCUGAACUUCUUUCCUUCAAGGCAAGUCCAGUUUUGAUGCCCCUGGACCUGUUCCUAUCGACGUCAUCAACGGCAGUUCGGGACGAAUUUUCGUCGCCACACGAAUCAUUAUUCAACUAUCUGGAAUUGAUGUCGCAACACUAUCUUCUCCAAGUAGCCACCAAGUCGUCGGCCCCCGUCGCUCAAGAUAAAUUCGACAGCAGUUUUGUCUCAUUAUCAGAAGGCAUUCGAAAUCUCGUUGAUACCCUCCAAGAAGCGAUCCUUUCGAUAUUGACGGAGGGCCUCAGCGGAUCGGUUUCGUGCGCUGACGGCGCUGAGGUAGGGCUUAUUCUCCUCAAGAGAGUGAAGGAAUUACAAGAAACCUCGCAAAACUCCGUCUUCGACUUUUCCAAGGCACACGCAUCUAUCCUACAUAUCCUCGACGUCCUACAAGGCGCACCAGGCAUGUUUUCGAAGGUCGCUUCCUGUGUAGAUCGCGUGUACCAGGAGCUAAAGCUUUCCACUGGUAUCGGCUUGAUCAGUCUUUGGAAAGCAUUCUACAAGCACUACUCGGUUGAGCGUGCCAAGGUCUCGCGUUACACCAUCAGUGCCUCGCGUCCCGAAAUUGUCUCGUCGCAGCCGGUUGGACUUCGCCGGCAGAUCUUCGACGUACUGGCACUAGCGAUGCUGCGGCCUCACGCUGUUGAUGAUGAAGUUUGGACAUCUCUCGACAAGUGCGUGCCUCUACUUGAGGACGAGAAGUUGGAAGCGGCCAUUUCGGACGGAAUUGAUCAACAGUUGCUUGCUUUGGAGCUAACGGCAAUAUCAAAACUCUCCUCCGAUUUGAACAAGACAUGUGCAUCUCUUCAAACAGUGAUCAAUCUCCAUCUCGCAGACUCGAGUUCGCCCAUUGAUCGCUUGGUCCCAUACCAACAUCUCGUCUGGUCGUCGAAAAAUGAUGAGACAAGAUCUUUGGAGAACCGAGUACGGUCAAUGUCAAGUCUGUUGGAGGGUUUAUGGCUCUCCAAUCCGUCAAUCACCAAGGCCGAUGGCCCGGGUUUCCUGCUUUCACCUUUGCAUCUCCUCCAUGCUGUUUCGUCCAGUUCUUAUCGACCAAUCCCUCUCCACGGCUUGGACAGGUAUCGGACAGAGAUACGGACACGUAUUGAUGUUGCCGUCGCCCAGUGUCAAGAGUUAAUUACGCCGGCAGCCAUGCUUUCAUCUCUGUUCGCGCAGAAUUUACAUCUCAUUGCGUCAUGCUUCGACGAGCACUUCAGUCAGGGUGAUUUGGAUGGAUUCACUCGCGCUGCACAACCUCAGGACCUUAGGGAACAAAUUGCGCCUUUCCUGAAGACGACAAAUUUACCGCUAAGAACACUUGCGGAGGAGUCAUUCACGCCCUUCAUACCCUAUGUUCACUCUGAUUCUCCCGGUGCCCUUUGGCUGGGGCUUGGCCGCAUGUUGCUCACUCUCGUCGUCCCAAACAUUCCUAUCGACCCUGCGACCGUCCGAAACGCAGCGCACUCGAGGCUGAAGGAAGAGGAAUCUUACACGGAGUUGCAAGCCCUGCUGCACCGAGAAUUGGAAAAGAUUACAACCGGAAAUCCUUCCAAUGACCUUGUUGGAUAUCUCGAAUCGAAACUACAAACGAUUCGGCAGCAAUUAUCUCAAUGGCCAGCGAUGGAUAACAACCGGGACCUCUGUCGUGUCCAUCAGUUUUGGGCGGAAGUCACCCAAUUCUCCCUUUCAGUCCUUCACCCUUCGAAAACCCUACCUUUGCUCGAGCUGGCAAAAACCCAGCCAGCGCUCGCCUGUCUCCAGGAAAAGGUCAUUCAAGAAUCGUUGAACGGGUUCCUCCGUCGAAUGGAAACACUUUACGAAGAUUUCAGCGACGUUAUUUGUCCGAUCAAACUCGCUAUCCUCCAGUUCCGACUUGGUUUACGGCUACAAGUAACUCCACGUGCUGAUGUGGAAGAGGUCGUCUCGGAGCUGAGGUCGUCAAUUGUCACAUUCCCUCGAGCCUCAAGCGCUCGGCGGAUCGUGGUCGUCUCCCGAAACCGCUCCAAUGCAACCGACGUUUCGACGGAUAUCUUGCUCCCUUUAUCGGCCAUCGCGUUCGAGGUCGCUGUGGGCGUUAGGUUGACACCCAUGGUGAGAGAGGUCGAGUCGUUGUACGAGCGAGCGUACGGGGUGUGGAGCAUCGACCAGGCGCGAUCGAGAGAAGCAGAGGAAAGAUCCAAUUCCUUGUACCGACAAUCCAAAGUCGAGAGCGCAGCACCAACGGACGCGGAUCAGGAGACGCAAGAAUUCCUGGAGCUCUUCCCUGAGUUUGAGGAUGCCUUGGAGAAUACCAAAUCGGCCUCGAAAGCGACACCCGGUCUUUCUAAUAUCUUGCCCGAUCACAUCUCUUCCCUCAUGCACAUACACCUCGCCCUCUUUCAGGAAGACCACGAUAAACCUGAUGUCGAGCUGCUCUUCUGGAGACUCCGUAAAUCCACUCUCGAGACCUCGCUUCAAACCGAAACACCCAUCCUCGACAAGCAGCUCGACCUCAUUUCGCGUUCGUUCCAACUUUCCCUUUUGCAAAAGCACCGCGAGUCCCUAUUCGAUAAGCAAGGGAAGGGCAACGAACUCCCGAAUUUCUAUCUGGAACCCAACGUUGCCGAGGUUCAAAGGCUUCUCCCCGUAGUGAAGAGGAUGCACGACCGCUUGGGUGUACUGAUUCUCGAAUGGCCAGACCAAGAAGUUCUGCACCAUCUUUCGAGUUGUUGCUUGAAGGUCAUGGAGCUGGACCUUCACAGUCCUGUAGCCAAGGCUCUUUCAGCAAUGGAGCAGCUCCUCCUUCAGUCCGAGGAUUGGGAAAUCUAUGCCAAUCGCGAGAACAGUUUACAGCCUUUCCGGGAGGAAUUGAUUGCCUUGAUCGUACACUGGCGCAGACUGGAGCUUGCUAGUUGGCAAUCACUUCUUCAAACAGAAGCUGACAAGAGCAAGGACUCGGCUGGCGUUUGGUGGUUCCGUCUCUACAACGCUGCUGUCCGCGGUGUCCUUCAAGCAGCAGGGGAAACAACUGUGGAUUCAUACCUCGAGGAAUUGAUCCCCUUGAUCAAGGAGUAUAUCACUUCGAGCCCAUUAGGCGAGUACCAAUGCCGCAUGGACCUUCUCGCUUCAUUCUCCAAAUAUGUCUCCACUCUAGCGGGCACGUACGAGGACGGAGAGAAGGAGGCUCUCCUGCGCGCUUCCAACAUCCUACGGUCACUCCAUCACCACUUCCUCUUUUACUUACCGAAGGUGGUCGUUCAUUUGUCUGGAGAACGCGUCAAGUUGGAGAAGGAGAUCAAGAAUUUCAUCAAGCUGGCGAGCUGGAAGGACAUCAACAUAGUAGCCUUGAAGCAGAGUGCGAAGAAGUCACAUCACCAGCUUUACAAAAUCGUUCGCAAAUUCCGAGAGGUUCUGAAGCAACCCUCCGCGGCUUACAUUACACCUACAUUCAUCCACGACAAUCCUGUUCAAGUCAUCCCAGCCCCAACCUUCACAUCGCUCGAAACCCCAUCCCUGCUACCGGCUGACAUUCUCUCUUCAACUUCAGAACGUCUUCGCCAUCUCGGCCGCACGUACAAACGAUUCGAAGCCAUCCUUGAACAAGACAUUCGUCCCCUAGUGCAAGCUUCGCCCUUCCGGCUUCCUGAUGACUUAGCCUGCGAAAUUAUUUCCGAAAGCCGACGCCUCGCCUCAGUCACCUGUCCACCAGACAUGGAUCGGGAGAAACGAACGAAGCAUCUCAAAUCCAUCCAAAAUCAGAAACGCAAGGCAUGGUCAGAUCUUCUCAGAGGACUGAAGCGCGUAGGGUUCUCCUGUAAUCUCAAGAUCGACGUCGUCCGACAGACCAAGAGUGACGUCUGGAUUCAUGAUCGACAGCUCCCCCGGGGAACUGACGCACUUGUCGAGAAGUCAGAACAUUACUUUAAAGCUAUUCAGGGAUGCCUCCCGGCAUUGCGUUCCUCCUUGACUGGCCACCACUCUGAUGUUACAACAAGGGACGCUUCCAAAGGCAUAGCCUUUGCGGAAUUCAUUUUUCAUGUCGCACUCGACGUCAGGACAAGGUUUAUUGCUUCGCUUGAAAUCCGCGAAAAGUUGCUUCGCAUGUACAAGCGAUUAGAAACCGUCCAAGGGAAGACCCUCCGAUUCUACGACGGCGAUUUUCUUCCACACAUCCAGUCCAUCGAAGACAUCUCUUGUCGUAUCGUGGAUGCUAUGGAGGAACUGAAGAUUAGAACGAUGGAGUACUAUUCCGCCAAGGGAUUAGACAUUCCGCCCGAGCUGUAUGCGUCCGAAGAUCAGUACUUGUCGCAGGGCGUGUACACCAGAAACGCGAUCAGCGUCUUGAGGCAGAGUCUAGAUUUUUGUGAGCUUGCGUGCUUGACGGAAGAUGAACUCCAAAUUUUGGCUGAUGUCACCGAAUUCGUUAAUGGGCUGCUGGAACAGUUGUCGGCUUGGGGAAAACGAUACCCAGAUAUGGCCCAUGCUCUCAGCCCCUUCCACCAUUGGCUCCGUUCCGAGGUCAAGGCUGUACCCGCGCUCCCUCCAUCCGCGUUGGACUCUGCAACAGACAGCACGCUCGUCUCAUCGCUAAUCGAUUCCUUCCUCGUUUCGGUUCAGUCGAUCAAGGCUUUUCAUGAACGCCAACGUGCAGUAUCGGAUGAUGACAAGGAAAUCAGUCGCUCCGUCGACCAACUUCGCCAAGUCACUGCACUGGCCAAUUUCGCGGGCGUCCAGACGCAGGUUGGGCACACAGUUUCGCAAAUCAAAAGCCAAUCUGCUUUCAAUGAGAUUGUUCUCCGCGCCCUCCCUUUCCUCAAAGCUUUCAUAUCGUUUACCGACGACCAUUGCACAGUUCUCUUGUACUGGACCAAGGCUCUUCUCAAGCUUGACUAUGUCCUUUGCUCACUGGUCCAAACACUCUGUUCAAAGGGGUUCUGUGCGCCCCCGGAAGAAGCCGACGAAGCCGACGACGACAAUUCUGGGGCAGAGAACGCCGCGGACGGGGUUGGUCUAGGAGAAGGUGCUGGAAAGAACGAUGUCAGCAACGAGAUCGAGGACGAAAGCCAGGUUGAAGGUCUCCAGGGAGAUGGAGAAGACCCAGAUCAGAACGAGGUUGGAGAAGAGGACGAAAAGGGCGCUCUUGAAAUGAACGAAGACUUUGGAGGAGAGCUUCAAGACGUACCUGAUGAUGGGGAAGACGAUGAUGACGAUGAAUCGGACACGUCCAGCGAUGCAGGACUCGAUGAGCGAAUUGAAGAUCUGGAUGCCACGGAUCCUGCUGCCGUUGACGAAAAGCUUUGGGGGGACGAGUCUGGACCAGAGGAUAAAGAUAACAAGGAGCGAACGGACCAGGACCGUUCAUCGGAGACCAAUGACAAAUCUGAGAUGGCCGCCAGGGAAGGGAAGGAAGGAAGAAAAGACGAGAAUAAGGGCAAGGAAGAAGCGGAGGAAGAGGGGGAACGUAGCGAGCUGAUGCCUGAAGAAGAUACACCAAUGGAAGAGCCUGAAGGAACGGAAGAGGAUGAAGCAAAUCCUGCGGUCAGUGGUGCACCCAUGGAGGAGCACGUCCCAGAUGCCAACACUUUGGACCUUCCGGAGGACUUGGAAUUGGGUGAAGAUGGUGCUGAUGAAGAUAUCGAUAUGAAGGAUGACCUGCACGAUGACGAGGACGCGAUGGAGGAGACAAUGGAGCAAAGCGAUGUUGGCGAAAUGGAUAAGGACGUCCCAUCAGGAGAUGAGGGGGAGGAUGAAGCCAGAGACGACAAUGCUCUCCUCGAUGGUUUAACCAGCGAAACCGAUGCAGACGCGGAGCCAACAGAACAAGAAGAGCGAGGCGAGCGAGAGCAGGAUACACCUAUUGCGCCGGUAGAGAAUUCGAAUGGCACUGGUGCCUCCGACUUUCAGGAACCAGGCGGCCAGGUUUCGGGUGAUUCAGCAGCGGGGAACCCUGGAACCUCCCAGAAUGCGACAGGGCAGGGCUUUAUGUCCUCGGAGGAGAGGAAGGCAGACGAUGGACCUAGCCAGACGGAUCAACUUUCUUCGGACGCCCCUCCCGAGGCAACAGAGCAAACAGGAGCAGCAGCAUCAGGCACUCAAGAAGGCUCUAAGCAAACUCGGUCAGAAGUCAAGGAACUGCCCAAUCCGCUGCGUAGCUUGGGUGAUGCGAUGAAGGAAAUCCAACACCGUUUCGAGGAGAUCCUGAACGCCCAAGAAAAACAAGUACCUCAAGCAGCGCCUCUCGACGGAGAUCAGCAGACGCCCCAGUUAGAAUACCUUCACCCUGACGCAGAAGACGACCAGGCCAUGCAAGCAUUAGCUGCGGCCGAGGACCAAAGAACAGCCAAGCUUGAAGACCUUCAGUUUGCCCAAGACGAUGAGGCGCCUCUCGGCGAUGCUGCCAUGGAUGUCGACCAGCAUCUACCACCAGAGACGACCCAAGAUUUCAUGGAUGCUGAGCCCUUCACUCCCGAUGGCGAGUCGACCUCUCGAGCCCAGAAAUCUGACGUCGAGGGUGCUGUCGUCCAACAUGCAACCCCGUUGCAGUCAACCCUUCCAAUGCAACCGGACCUUGCCGCACCGAAGGCCGAUGACGACCAAGCGCUACUCGACGAACAAGUAGAAGUUGAAUUGCGAAAGUGGCGCGAGUCCGACCAACCUAGCGAUCGCACCGAGAACCUAUGGCGCCUGUACGAGUCGCUCACUCAUGAUCUGGCGUACGCUCUUUGCGAACAACUUCGUCUCAUCUUAGAGCCCACCCUGGCCACUCGAUUGAAGGGUGAUUAUCGAACCGGAAAGCGACUCAAUAUGAAGAAGGUCAUUUCCUACAUUGCCAGUGAUUAUACCAAAGACAAGAUUUGGUUGCGGCGCACCAAGCCCAGUCAACGAGAGUACCAGGUCCUGAUCGCGAUCGACGACUCCAAAUCCAUGGCUGAAUCUCACUCCAUUCACCUUGCCUACGAAUCUCUGGCGUUGAUAGGAAAGGCGCUUGGUCGUUUGGAGUCCGGUGACGUUGCCAUUGCAAAGUUCGGCGAAGCAGUGGAACUCCUUCAUGGGUUCGACGAUGGACCGUUCACAGACCAAGCCGGCGCCAAAGUCCUCAGUGCUUUCCGCUUUAACCAAAAGGCCACCAACGUCCUGUCCCUUCUAGAAACCAGCCUUCACGUGCUCGAAAGCGCGCGUGAGCGUCGCGCGAUGGGAUCGUCCUCCUCCACCGACCUCUGGCAACUAGAGAUCAUCAUCUCGGAUGGAAUGUGCCAGGACCACGAGAAGCUCCGCACGAUUCUGAGAAGAGCUGAAGAGAAACGCAUUAUGAUCGUCUUCAUCAUCCUCGACUCACUCCACACUGCGUCCUCCAACCAGAAGGAAGCCGGCCAACGUUCCAUUCUCAACAUGGACCGAGCGGAGUUCAAGAAUGUGGACGGUCGGAUGGAACUACAGCUGCAAAAAUACCUGGAUUCGUUCCCCUUCGAGUACUACGUUGUCCUUCGCGAUGUGGAAGCUCUUCCGGACGUUCUCUCUAGCACUCUUAAGCAGUUCUUCGAACGUAUAGCCGAAGAUUAA